AUCGUGUGUAGAGGGGCCUUAAGAGAUGUUUAUUUCACAAGGCGAAGAUAUUCCAUCAUUCUUGUUUAUUUCAUAACUUUUUAACUCAGCUGAUCACUUUUUGAGCGAAUCGAAUUGCAAAAGAAGAAGAAUUCGCUCCGAUUAUCACGUUUUUAAUUCUUUGUCAAGCAGUAAAGUAUAUAACCGGAGGAGUUAUUAAAUUUUGCAGUGUUUGCUUAAUUUGGAAUCAAUUGAAUUCAAAAACAUAAUAAUUCCCUAAAAUGUCGUGGUUGCUCGGUAGAAAUAGACCUCAACAACCGCAAGAGCCCUUAAGUGUGGACGGUGGUGACCCGGAUGGUAAAACAGCUGGAGACCGCAGCGGAGAUGAGCAACUAAGUAAAGCCGAACGCAAGGCUAUGGAAGCUUACCGCUUCGACUCCUCAGCCCUGGAGCGAGCUGCAGAAGCUGCUCGACAAUUGGAACGUUCAAAACAUGCCCGCGAAGCUUUGGAACUAUCCAAAAUGCAGGAAUCGACAAGGCAGCAAGAAUACCAAUUAAAGGUCAAAGAGUACGAAGCGCAUAUUGAGCAAGCUAAGGUUGAACAAAAACGCCUCGACCAUGAGGAGCGACGCAAAACUCUUAUUGAAGAAACUAAACAGCAGCAAUUACGUGCCCAAUACCAAGAUCAGUUGGCACGAAAACGCUAUGAGGAUCAGUUGGCACAGCAACAACGCGUUCAAGAGGAAAACUUAAGAAAACAGGAGGAAAGUGUAGCUCGUCAAGAAGCUAUGCGUCGGCAGACUAUUGAACAUGAAAUUGAAAUGAAGGAGAAAAACCGUCUCAAGUUGCUUGAACAUGAAAUGCGUGUCAAAGCUAAGGUUGAUCGCGAAAAUCGCGAUAUCAAUCUUGAACAGAUACGUUUGAAGGCACAAGAGCACCGCACUACUGUGUUGGAGGGUAUACGUACUGCUGGAACGGUAAUUGGUGCCGGCGCUGAAGCUAUGCUUACUGAUUGGGACAAAGUUUUGACUGCAGCUGGUGGAUUAUCACUUUUAGCUUUGGGCGUCUACGCUGCAAAAGGAGCAACCGGCGUAUCGGCACGCUAUGUUGAGGCACGUAUUGGUAAACCUACAUUGGUAGGAGAAACGUCGCGUUUCGCAUUCCUUGAUGCCAUACAGCAUCCAAUCAAAUAUGUUCAGAAAUUACGAGCUAAACCUGCUGAUGCAUUAAAGGGGGUGAUUUUAAAUCCUAAACUUGAAGAGCGUCUUCGUGACAUUGCUAUUGCGACGAAGAAUACACGAGUCAAUAGGGGUAUGUAUCGCAAUGUGUUGAUGCACGGUCCACCAGGUACUGGCAAGACUAUGUUCGCUAAACGUUUGGCGGCACAUUCGGGUAUGGAUUAUGCCAUUAUGACCGGUGGGGAUGUUGCGCCGAUGGGCAAGGAGGGUGUUACUGCUAUACACAAAGUGUUCGAUUGGUCACAGACUAGCCGUCGCGGUCUAUUGCUGUUUGUUGACGAAGCUGAUGCAUUCUUGCGGAAGCGUUCAUCGGAACAUAUUUCCGAAGAUUUACGGGCUGCUCUAAACGCGUUCCUUUAUCGUACCUCAGAGCAAAAUUCCAAAUUUAUGCUUGUGUUAGCUUCUAACACACCAGAACAAUUCGAUUACGCUAUCAACGAUCGCCUGGAUGAGAUGGUCGAGUUUUCACUGCCAGGCUUAGAGGAGCGUGAGCGAUUGUUGCGACUGUAUUUUGACAAAUACGUCUUGCAGCCAGCUGCCCAAGGACGCAAACGCUUCAAAUUAGACCAGUUUGACUACGGUGCUACUUGUUCAGAGAUGGCGAAGGUCUGUGAGGGUAUGUCGGGUCGUGAAAUAUCAAAGUUGGGUGUGUCCUGGCAAGCUGCAGUUUACGCUUCCGAAGACGGCAUCUUGACUGAGAAAAUGGUUUUGGAUCGUUGUCAUGCUGCCGCCCAUCAACAUAAGCAAAAGAUGGCUUGGUUAUCAGAACAAGAGCGUAGUGACCACAAAUCUAUAACAGGUGGAAAAGGCACAUAAUUACAAUUGAUUGAGUGUGGCAGCAUUUAAUGAAAAACAAUAGUUUUAGUUCUUUUUAUUAUCCGUAAAGUUAAAAUUCAUUAGAUUAACGACUUCCGCUUACCGCAAAGCUUUAACCGCGGCAAACACUUUUCAAGUACUUAUACAAAAAUUUGACUGCAUUUAAAUUUGUACCUGAAUUGAUGACGCAGCGUUUAGAGAAUUUUGCGGGCAUGUUGCUACAAUGCAUUAUUCACAUUACCUAAAUGCGUAUCAAAACUAUGAGAAAUUUAUAUUAAACUUCUACUUGAGGCAUUGGGUGAUAAGUGUGUAUGCAAAUUGCUUCUUAAACUGUAAUUUUUGUUACCAAAUAUUGGAAUGUUAAUUUUUUUAAAGUUGAAUAAGAAAAGUUGAAAUAUAAGACCAUGUAUGUAUGUACAUCAAUAUAAAUCGGU